UGUAUCCAAUUUCUUUCAUUAUUUCUUCUUCACAGAACUCAAUUUUUAUCAAUGUCUUGUUCCAUAAAGCAAUCACCUUUAUCAAUCACACCUUCUAAUUUUAUUCCAAAAAGGGGUUAUAAUAAUUCAAAUCUUGGAUUUUUACAACUCCCAUCAAUUCCAAAAACAAAGAUUAAUAAAAAAUGGGAUAAAAAACCUCUUUACAUAUCAAGAAUUGUAAAACCAUUGAUAUGCAAAGCAUAUGAAGCUGCUGAUAAAUCACAGCCAUUGGAUUUAAAUAUUGAGUUACCAAAACAAUCAAAGUCUGUUGUUAGUGCUCAGAAGGUUAAGAUUAGUAUAUAUUUUGCUACAUGGUGGGCAUUGAAUGUUGUUUUUAAUAUAUAUAAUAAGAAAGUUCUUAAUGCUUAUCCAUUUCCAUGGUUAACUUCUACUUUGUCACUUGCUACUGGUUCAUUGAUUAUGUUGAUAUCAUGGGCUACAAGAAUUGCUGAAUUUCCAAAAACUGAUCUUGAGUUUUGGAAGACUCUGUUUCCGGUUGCAGUUGCUCAUACAAUUGGGCAUGUAGCAGCCACAGUUAGUAUGUCUAAAGUUGCAGUUUCCUUCACUCAUAUAAUCAAGAGUGGUGAACCGGCUUUUAGCGUAUUGGUUUCAAGGUUUUUGCUUGGUGAGACAUUUCCGCUUCCGGUAUAUUUGUCGCUUGUGCCAAUCAUUGGUGGUUGUGCACUUUCAGCUGCAACUGAGCUCAAUUUCAACAUGACUGGUUUUAUGGGGGCAAUGAUAUCAAAUCUUGCAUUUGUGUUCCGGAAUAUAUUCUCAAAGAAAGGGAUGAAGGGGAAGUCUGUUAGCGGGAUGAACUAUUAUGCGUGUUUGUCUAUUAUGUCUCUGUUAAUUUUAACACCUUUUGCAAUUGCAAUGGAGGGCCCCCAGAUGUGGGCAUUAGGUUGGCAAAACGCUGUCUCUCAGAUAGGACCCAAUUUUGUUUGGUGGGUGGCUGCGCAAAGCAUAUUCUAUCACUUGUAUAACCAGGUAUCUUAUAUGUCCUUGGAUGAGAUUUCUCCCCUAACGUUUAGCAUAGGAAAUACAAUGAAGCGGAUAUCUGUCAUAGUUUCCUCUAUCAUAAUCUUCCAAACGCCUGUCCGGCCCGUCAAUGCACUUGGAGCUGCCAUUGCAAUCCUAGGAACCUUCAUUUAUUCACAAUCAAAACAAUAAGUUAGUCUACUAGAGGGAUAUCGAGAUCCAUGGAGGUGACUGAAGGUACAGAGAUGUUGUUGCAGCUUUUAUUGCUCUUUCUCGCGUUAGCUCAAUGAGGAUCGGAGGGUUCAUUAUCUUUUAAUCCAGUUCUUUUAUUCUCCUGUUGAGUUUUUCUCUUUUUCUUUGUCCAAAGUGGGAUGAGGUAGAUAUGCAAGUUGUGGGAAAAUAAUGUGUAGCAAAUGACUAGACAGUUGAUAUUC